CACACACACACACACACACACACACACACACUCAGCUAUGUGACCAGUUCAGGGUUGGAUUUUUUUCCCCCCCAACAAACUGCACACUGUCCUGUCCACAUCUCGUCCAGCCCCCUUCCCCUCCUCACCCCACGGCCGCCUCACCUUUCUCCCGCUCCUUUUUCCCAGGGUCAGCUGCUCGUUAGAAGUCGCUGCUCGAGGAAGACCUCUGGAGACCCUCAUCCUUCUCGACCACCAUGGUGCCCAGCAGCUUCUGCAGAGUCGUCCUGUUGCUGCUCCUCGGCCUCCUGGUCGUCUUUGUGCAGACAGAGAUGGUGUUAAACCCCUCCUUAACCAGCAGGGACCACCAGGACACCAUGUCUGGAGACCCACCUGUUGAGGGUACCACCAGAACCCCGGUCCUGGGCUUCACGGAUCACCCCGUCACCGAGGACUACGAGGACGCCACCCUCUCCCAGACCCUGGAGGUGGACGAAGGAGUUCUGGGGCCAGGGGCCAUCACAGCCAUAGUCAUAGCCGUCUUCCUGGGAGCGUCGGUCCUCCUCGCCCUCAUCAUAAUCACAAUCAGGAAGUUCACCGCCUCCUAGAGGGAACACAUCUCACUCCUGUGUGAAAGUGUGUGUGUGUGUGUGUGUGUGUGUUUAGUAUGAAUGUGUGUGUGUGUGUGUGUGUCAGUCCUUCACCUUUCAUGUCCGAGCCUGAACUUUGCCUUUCCCUCAGUCAGAAGCUGAAAAACGUGGCAGGUCCCUUCGAACUGACAGAAAACAUGAAGGAACGAUAGAAACUGGCUGGCUCUUCCAGUACUGUAUGUYUUUUUUAUAUUUUUAUCUCUUCUUAGUCCCCCGCCCCCCACGGAUGUUGUUUUCAUGGUCUAAAAAAGCCUGAAGUGUUCACUAUUUACCUCUACUGUGCUUUCUGCGGUUUUAUCAGGAAAUAUGUCUGUUUUUAGAUUUUUGUGACGUCUCCCAACUUUACUUUGUGCCAUGUGGAAAACAGCCCUCCUGUGUCUCCUGUAAACAGGGUUAGGUGUUUGCGUUACACCUUUUACAAAUAUUUAGGAGUCCAGCAGAAAAAGACGAGAACAUUUCGAACAAUUCGUCCAGGGAGACGUUUUAGUAUUUAUGUCUGCAAAACAAACAUGAAAGAAAUGUGUAGUUUUCGCACUGUUUGUGUCUGUAUAGCUUUACAAAAAAAGAGGAAGUUUACAUUAAAUACUAAAUAAAACAAGACGAAGUUUUGA